AUGGUGUACCCAACACUCCCGUCAACUACCGCCAACGGUGGUAACUAUCUGUCUACCGUACCUAGAUCAUCCGAAUCAGCCUCAUCCAACGAUCCCGAACCAGUCACCCCUGAACUUCAAUCUCGACCUUCCAUGUCAUACUCUACCUCAUCAUCAUUUCAACCUCAAACCAUCAACGAGGAUUCAGAAGAAUUGAAAUGCAGAUGGAACGACUGUCAACAUGUUGCUGCAUCACCAGAUGAACUGUAUGAUCAUUUAUGUAACGCACAUGUAGGAAGAAAGUCCACAAAUAACCUUUGUUUGACGUGUGGGUGGGAGAAUUGCGGGGUAAAGUGCGUGAAGAGAGAUCAUAUAACUAGUCAUUUGAGAGUCCACACUCCUCUCAAACCACAUCCAUGUUCGGUCUGCUCCAAAACUUUCAAGCGACCCCAGGAUCUGAAGAAACAUGAACGUAUUCAUACUCAAGAACAUCAUCAAAUGCACAAACUCAGUAAAGCUGCUACGUCGACAGAUCCCAAGUUCAACUCGCGAGUAUCAUUGGGUAACAUCAAUUCCCAACCACGCAUAGUCGAGAAUAACAGACAGCGAUCACCCAAUUCGCCUUCUCAUUCGUUAUCACCCUCCUCCUCUUCAUCGUCAAGAAAUCCUUCAUCCCCCUUCGAUCACCUAUUGCCACCUCAUAUUGGAGGUUCAGAGGGUAAAUCAGUCUCACCAUCGCCAUCAGCCUUAGCUGCUUUACACAGAAAACAACACGAGGAAUUGGCUGCGUACCAACAGCGCGAAAUGGCAAUCUUACAGCAAUUGGCGUACAAUCAACAGCAGACUCAAGCUUACGCCGCGCAGUUAGCUGCUGGUACGGGACUCGACGAUUUCACCAAGAUAGGUAUGAAACGAAGUCAAGGUGACUCAAGUGGUGAAGGGUUAGAUGGUCUUUUUGCAGAUAUGAAGAAGAGAAAGGUAGAACCUAUCUACGAUGCUGAUAUGAUGCACCGAUUAAACAACCUCGUUCCUCCAUCAAUGACCCCAGGAUUCCCUCAACUUUCUCCCAUGUCUGGUUACAGCAACUACACUCCACCCCUCAACGCUUCCAUCGGCACAUACCCGCAUUUGCCGUCUCUUCCAGGUGGCGGAUUACCUUCUUCGAUGUCCUCCAAUGGACCAACUCCGCCUCUUGCUGUCCCCGAGAUCAAGACUGAAGCUGAUCUGGCGAUGUUCAACGAGUUCAUGAUCUCGCUCGGAAGGGACGCAGCUGGUCAACACCAGAAUCACGUUCAACCUAUGAUGCAUUCAACUUCAAUCGGCGCUGGCUCAAACAACACCGAUUCACCCUUGUCCGACAACAGCAAUGGCGUGGAAGAUCUAUUCAACCCUGACGAGCUUGCUUCAUUGGGCUUGACAGGAAUGCCAGGUAUACCUAUCCCCGGUGCUCAGAUCGAUAAUGGUUCUGAAUUAUCGCAUUCAUUGCCUAACGAAUCGCCUUCUAUCUCAUUUGGCGGUUUAUACCCCUCUUUGGAAAGCAUGAGACAUCGAACCGGAUCAGCGCCAGAUGUAUCUACUCUGUCGGAUCCUUCCAAGAGACCCAUAGCGGGUUUACCGAGAGCAUCAACAGGCUCAUUACAUAAUUUACCAUCUAGCAAUACCGGUAAACCACCUUACCUUUCUAACUUCUAUGGAUUGGGUCCAACGCAAUACGCUGAAUUACCAUUUAACAUGAACGAAUACAGUAAUACCAACUCCGGUCUAGGUAGUACGGGCAAUGGACUUGAUCAUAAUUUCAGUUCGUUCGAUUCGUUGGCACGUUCUAAACAGAAUCUUUACCCCACCGCUACUUUGGCACCCAAAGACUUCUACAAGAAGACAUAUAGACAUGUUCAACCCCUCGGAGCAAGUCUAUCUGCUCGUGCGAGGGAAAGUGCCGAAAGGACUGCGGUGGACGAAGAAGAUGAAUUGGUUGAUGAACCUGAAGAUUUGGAUCUGGAUUUGGAGAAGACACCGAAAAUACCUGUUCGAUCAUUGUUGACUGCAGAAGAGUCUGAUCCAGAUUUGAAGUUACCUUCUAUAUCUUCACCGGCGACGAGGGAUGAUGGAGAUCGAUCUUUACCUUCUAUAUCGUCAAUCGACCACUACCGAUCGAGUUCUAUCGCCUCCUCAAGCUCCACUCCUAGAGGUUCACCUGUGCCUUCUUCCUCGAGAUCUUCAUUAAUUGCCCUGCCCAUCAAGAGGCAUACAGAAGAUGAGAUUGUCCGAGGUGUCAAACGAUUAGAAUUAGGUAGUGGAGAAUCAAUCACUACUGAUGCUCAAGAGAAAGAGAAAGAGGCCGAAAAGGAGAAUGAAAGACCGACGACUGAGAUGAUAGUUAGAGAGAUCAGGAGGAGGCAUGCUCAAUUGAUCAGAAGUUGGUUAGUAGCUGUGAAUAUAGAGUUCAGAAGGAGGAAGUUGGAAGAACUCCAGCGUGUGCAGGAAGAGAAGGAUAGGUUGGAAGAGAUUGAUGAAUUGGAAGAGGAAGAGAUGGAUGGGAGAGAUCAUGGAGUGCAGGUGAAAGUUGAAAUUACGGCUUAA